CAAAGACAGACAAUCUCCUCUGCUACAAAAGCCAGUCGCCGUUUAUCAUCCCAAACGGCCAUCAUUGUGCAUUUGGCAAAGUUCGAAGCUACAGCAGCUACUCCCAUUGCCCGCUUUUGCAUCAGACACGUCACACGACUCCGGGAACCACGGCUUGAUAUCACCGCCAUUGCCAUAUCGCAAUAUCUGGUUUCCCACCUUAUGAUCGACAUUCCCUAAACCCCUCCUGAAUCUCGAAAUCCAACAUCACACUACAAACCUCCGCCAUUAUGGAUGUCACACCGAGUCUCUCACGGUCCUCGUCGACCUCGUCCCGCAACAAAUCGAACCUCAGUCUGGACCUCUCCAACCUCCCGCCGCUCGUCCAGCCGACGCCUCCCUCCAACACGCUCAUCUUCACAAACCUCAACAACACCGACAUCUUCCUGCCCGAGAACCUACAGACCAUCCGCGAGCUCAUCGAGCACACGGCACCCAUACACUCGUUUGCACCGCUCAAGUCGUUCCGCCGCAUCAUCGUCUCCUUCUUCGACGUCGACGCCUCAUUAGCCGUGCGCCAGGUGUGGGACGGCGAGGCCGUCAUGGGCGAGCGCAUCAAGCUCUACUUUGGCCAGCCCACGCCCAUCGAGACCAAGCCCGAGCACCUGGCCCUGCCCGACGCCGGCAAGCUCUUCUUCAUCUCCCCGCCGGCCAGCCCUCCCCACGGCUGGGAGAUGCGCCUCGAGGACGCGCCCAACAAGCAGGUCCACGCGGAUGACCUCGCCGAGGCCCUGGCCAAGCUGCACCACCGCCCCGUCCCCACCUACGACUCGCCCGUCACCCCGACCGACGGCGGCGUCCCCAACUUUGGCACCCGGAGCCGCAGCUCGACGCUCAUCUACCAGCCUGACGCGGAGACGAGCCCCGGCAUCCCCGCCGUCUUUGUCGAGGAUAUGACGGACGGGCCGACCAUGAGCCCCAUUGAGGUCUCGAAGCCCAUAAUGGCCCAGACUGCGCGGCCUCCCGUUGAGCUGAUGCACGACGCGUAACCGAGUUUCUGGGGCAUUUGUUGAUACGAGGGACGGUGGACAUAAUAACUAGUACUUUUUUCAUGUGUCAUUCUUUUCUCUGGGAAUGAAGGCGCUUGGUAGGCGUUGGCAAAGUCAUGACACGGCUACUUUGGCUUUGGAGGCUGUCAAAUAUUCUUCUUGGACACCUUACUUUCAUGGGAUUGGCGUUUUUGGGCUUUCUUUACGUUGACCGAGCAUAAGGAGUUGAAUGAAAAGCAGAAAUAUCCUGUCAGAAUAGAUCCAGACCCGUCGCAAAUAGAGGGGCACAACAUCAUAUCUGUAGCAUGUGGCUUGAUGAAAAGAUCGAGCCAAUGAAAUUGAUCAAGUUACAAUUCUAACUUGCCUACAAUAACUGUAUGAUAUUCUCAAUACCAAUCGAGUU